UGCCGGUCCAGGUGGAGGAGGAAGGCGUGAGCUGCAGAGAGCCGAGCGGAGCCGAGCGGAGCAUGGGCCCCUGAUCCACGCACUCAUGGAGCCCGAGGACCCUCAGGACCCCGACUCCUUCGACUUCCUCUUCAAGAUCAUCCUCAUCGGAGACUCCAACGUGGGCAAGACCUGCCUGGUGCAGAGCUUCAAGAGCGGCCUGUUCUCCGAGGCGCAGCAGAACACCAUCGGAGUGGACUUCACCGUGCGCACGCUGUCCAUCGACGGCCGCAGGGUCAAGAUGCAGGUGUGGGACACGGCGGGGCAGGAGCGUUUCCGCACCAUCACUCAGAGCUACUACCGCAGCGCUCACGGGGCCCUGAUCACCUAUGACAUCAGCCGGAGGGACAGCUUCGACUCGGUGCGCCGCUGGACCCACGAGCUCCGGCGCUUCGGGGCCGCCAACGUGCUGACCGCCCUCAUAGGGAACAAGCGUGACCUGGAGGCGGAGCGUGAGGUGCUGUUCUCAGACGCCUGUAAGCUAGCGGAGGAGCAGGGCAUGCUAGCGGCUCUGGAGACGUCUGCCCGUGAGCGGCGGAGCGUGGAGGAGGCCUUCGUCCUGAUGGCGCGGCAGCUGCUGCAGAGGAACGACCCGAGGGUGUCUCCGGACGCCGGCCCCCGCCCGCCGCUCCGCCCCGACUCACGCCCCGUCCUCAGCGCGCCGCCGCUAGCCGACAGAGAGCGAGCGCAGCCCUGCCGGUGCUGACCGCAGCGGGGCCCGGGGCCGGAGGGGCCACGUUUACCGAAGCAGGUCGGCAUGGCAACUAUUUAUUGGACGCGUGAUCUUCUACGAGUUCUGCGUUUCUCGUGAAUCAAUGAAGACGACGAGAAACAUGUGAAGGUGUGUAAAGGUGCAGCACAAGAAAGACGUCUAGAGGAGCGUUAGAUGAUCAUCAGAGAACAGAGGGAUGUUAGCUCGGCUGAUUUAAAGAGCGGCUUAGAGUUACUCUGAGGAACGUGUUAAAUAUUUGAAUUAUAAGAUCAAUGUUUAGAUGGUUUUAGAGGUUUUCAGGAAGUGCUGCUUUUCUUCUCUUUGAUCCUGGAUGUUAGCCUUCGCUCAGAAGCUGUUAUCCUCUUUGUAUUAUUUUACUUUAAUGAAAAGAAGUCGUGAUGUGUUUAAGCUCAAGCUUUGAAGGGCUGUGUAUCAGAAACAAAGUGAUUGUUUUCUUCUUCUGCAAUAAAAUGAUUUGACGGCUC